AUGACGGGGGUGGUCUACUGCAGCGUGGCCAGCGCGUUUUACAAUCCGUACUACUACGCUCGGUCGCAGGUGAUGCCGUAUGGCAUGGUAGUUUCAAACCCCGGCCUGGAGGACGAAUAUCAAGAAAUGGCGAAGCGCUACUUGUCUCGCCAUGAUUCAGGAUCCAAGUCACGACGGUAUUUCGACAAGUUGGAAGGAGUGUUGCCGUCUACUCCGUAA